AAAAAAAAAAAAAAAAAAACAAACAAACAAGACAAGACAUUUGUGUGUGAAGUGUGAGUUUUUUUUUGUUUAACGGAAAAUUGUAAUAAAUAGAAUUUCAAAAUAAUGUAAACGAAAAAAGAUAAGUUGAUCUGUUCAAAACAAAAGCAAAUUGCUUAGAAUUGCUAAGACAGAGAGAUAAGGGCUCUUAGCUCUAUUCAAUUACUAAGUACUAAUUAGUGUAUGAAUAAUGGAUUGGGUUUUAGUGUUAGUAAUGGCUCUGCUGCCGUUAAUUCAUGCGUGGAGUGCAUUACCUGCAGUUACUGUUGCAAGCAGUAGCCGCCAAAGAAAUGAAAUCUCGCCAUAUUUAGAUUUAGCUUUAUGUCCGCUACGUAAUGAACCGUGGAAUUGCGCGCGACAACGAAUGGCGCGGAUCUUAGACGCCUGGGACAAUGAAUUGAAAUUGCAAUGGCAAAAAUUAAAAGUGGAAGCUGAUCAUCAAUUGAAUGUGACAAUUGGCAAGCGUGGUUACAGCGCUUCGGAAAUGUUAGUCAAAGAGAAGCCGUCAACAAUUUUAAAAAAAAUUGAAAUUGGCAGCAAUUAUAUGAAACAAUUCCUCGCUGAAACUAUGGAUGGAUUUUUGGGUCGUGAAUAUGAAUAUAUACAAAGCGAUUUGGAUCAAUCUGCCGAAGAGAGUGCUAAUGAGUAUAUAGACGGAGAAACGACAGUUGAUGUUAAUGCUAAUGAUGAGGAUGGCGAUGAUGAUGGUAACGAUUAUCAGUUAACUACUGAUGAUCAAAAUAAAGGUACAGAUACAGACAGCGAUACAAGUGAUGAUGUAGAAUUUAUUGAAAUACCACAAGAAGUUAAUAAUGCAAACAAUGAAAAUAAUAAUGAAAAUAAUAAUGAAAAUAGUGAAGAGAAAAAUCCUAUAAAUACAGAUCAAAAUAUUAAAAACACCAAUCAACCAAUAAAUGAUAUAAAUGCACAAUAUGCUCCAUUAACGGUGGCACAAACUUUGUUACCUCAAGAACAACAACAACAAGAACAGCAACAACAACAACAACAACCGCAACAAGAACAACCCCUUACACAAACCUCCCAAAUUGGAAAAUCCCCCUUAAAUAAUGGCAGUGGAUUGAUUGGUCGUGGUGGUAAAUUGAAGCACAAAAAAAAGAAUCGAAAAAAGAAGGGACAACACGAAGAAGAGAGUUCCGAGGAGACAGAUAUAUGGGAUGAUUGGCUUAGUAUAGAUGAUGCCCUCUCGUCUAGCGUCAAACAUAAAAAACAUAUAUUUCAUUAUGGUAGAAGUAAUGGAGUUACCCGCGGCAAGAAGAAGAAAAAGAAGAAGGCUCUCAUCAAGCUAAUGCUAUUGGGUACAUUUCUUAAAGCUAAAAUUGAGCUGCUCCUGAAAAUACUUAGCGCGCAUUUGCAAAUAAAAUUCUUUGGUAUUGCGCUGAUCGGUCUUCUCAUAAAUGUCGCACGUUUCUGGAUUGAUGUGAAACGCGGCGGUGGUCCACAAAAGGUUGUCUAUGUUGAACAUGCCCACCAUCAGCACCAUUACGAUGAUCAUGGCGGCGAGGAUUGGGGCGAAGGUGGCGGCGGCGGUAGUUAUUGGAAGCGAUCAUUGCAAACGGAUGCAACCAUUGAUAAUAUGGAUACUUCAACGGAUAGUUAUCAACCGCAGCCAUACGAUUCCCAUUAUAUGGCUUACAGAAAUCAGUAGCAGUAAAU